AUGAUGAUGCUGAGAUCCAUGGCGCUGCCUACUUCCCAUUCACACAGCCAUGAUCAUGGCCAUGGCCAUUCCCACGCUGAAUCUGCCAUUGCUGAUGAAUUCAGUGAUCAUGACCAUGUCCAUCUACGUGAAUCCGAGACUGAAACUAAUGAUUCCUUCACUUUUGGUACUUUAGGACAUUCUCAUAAUCAUAGCCAUGGUCCAAAUGAGUUAUUAGUUUGGGAUAAGAAGAAAUUCUGGGAAAAUCCAGGUGUAAGAAUCACUUGGAUCGGAUUAUUAAUCAAUGUUGGUAUGGCUGCUGGUAAAUUAGUUGGUGGGAUUGUAUUCCAUUCUCAAGCUUUAAUGGCUGAUUCUGUUCAUGCUAUAAGUGAUUUAGUCUCUGAUUUCUUAACUUUAGGUACCGUGGGGUUAGCUAACAGAGGUGCUACUGAAACUUUCCCUUAUGGUUAUGGUAAAAUUGAAACUGUGGGUUCUUUAGCUGUUAGUUCAAUCUUGACAAUGGCUGGGUUAUCAAUCGGUUGGGCUUCCCUAGUUAAUAUUGUUGGUCCAAUUGUUCCCCAUACCAUUAUUGAAACUUUAAAUGCUUAUCAUAUCCAUCUAUUAUCUUCAGGUCAUGGUCAUAGUCAUGCCCAUGCUGCUGAUAUUACAAAUGUUAACGCUGCCUGGAUUGCAGGUGCUUCCAUCCUGGCAAAAGAAUGGAUCUUUAGAGCUACUUCAAAAGUUGCAAAAGAACAAAAUUCAAAAGUUUUAUUAGCUAAUGCAUGGCAUCAUAGAGUUGAUUCUUUAACCUCGUUAGUUGCUUUAGUUACAAUCACUGGUGGUCAUUUCUUUGGUAUUCAAAGUCUUGAUGCUGUUGGUGGGUUAUUAGUUUCAGGUUUAGUUAUCAAAGCAGGUUUCAAUGGUAUUGUUUUAGCUGUGAAUGAAUUAGUUGAUAGAUCAGUUCCAAAGAAAGAUCCUAGAUAUAUUGAAAUUGAUACAAAAUUAAAAGAACUAUUGGGUAAAAUGUUGUCAAAUAAUAAUUCUAAAAAACCAUACAGUGUUAAAGAUUUAAUAAUUUUAACUUCAGGUCCAAAUAUUCAUGCUAAAGUUACUUUAGAGGCUCCAAUUCAAAGAUGGGAUAACGUUUUAGAUAUUAAUGAAUUUGAAAUUGUUUCUCAUCAUUUGAAAAAUCAAUUAAUCAAUGAUGUGGACAACUUAAAGAAUGUUAACAUUGAAUUUGUUGGUGAAAAGCCAGAACCAGUUGAAGAAGAAGAAGCACAAGUUAAAGAACCAGUUGUUGAAGAACCAGAACAUACCCAUUCACAUGACCAUGCUGGACAUUCACACAAACAUUAG